AUGUCUUCCUGCAGGGCCCUCCGUAUUCUGGGGCAGAGUUUAUCUUUGCUCGCUAUUCUAUCUCCUCUGUCAGUCGCCGCCGCGUCCAAGGAUGAGUUCAAGACGAUGUGUGCCGCCUUUGGCGACUCGUCUGCAGCCCAGUUCGCUGGCGCAAGUUCCGACACUGGCAAAUACCUGUAUGGCUCGAACCAGUGGGGUUGGGACGACAGCGGUGCUCAGUGCAUGACUGUCGGACUGGACGACUCUGACGAUGCUGCUUCGUUCAACGUAACAUGGUCGUGGACGGAACGCGACGUCUGGGUCCACUCGUACCCCAAUGUCGGUCUUGAGUCUGUACAGCUGCCCAGCAGACUGGACAACGUCAAGUCUUUCAACGUCAGCGCCGCCUGGGACAUGUACCCUUCAGCCCAACCCGAUGCCGUCAACAAGACCGAAGCUCUCAUGGCCAUCGGCACCAAGGCCGAUAUUGCGCUCGACAUGUUCAUCGACAGCAACAACGUCACAGCCAUGAACGCUUCCGCCGCCGCUUUCGAAGUCAUGGUCUGGUCGGCUGUCUGGGGUGGUGUCGCCCCCAUCGGAUACCAGACCUUCAACCGCGCCGAUGCUCCCAAGUACACUCUUGCUGGAAUCGAAUACGCUCUUUACUCUGGCUUCAACCAGCAGGGCCAGAAGCAGGCUGUCUUCUCUUGGGUCCCUGCUGAGAACCAGAACGGCAUCGAUGCCAACCUCUGGGAGCUUGUCACCUACCUUGUCAACGCCGGUAACCUUACCGCCGACAUGUACCUCGGUCUGAUCCAGUUCGGCACUGAGACUGUCCACGCCACUCAGAAUGUCACUUUCGAGAUGCAAAAGGCUCAGAUGGACCUCGCGGUUGUCAGUCAAAAGCCCACCACCACCAAGGGAUCUCCUCCCGCCACCGCUGGCGCAUCCAAGGGUGCUGCAUUCCACGUCGCACCGACUGGAUUCGCCCUCCCCGCAGCUGCCAUGGGCAUUGCUGCUGCCGUCCUUCUCUAA